GCCUUUAUAAGGACUAGGAGAGGACAUGUGUAUACAGGAUGUGAUGGAGAUUUCAGAAAUUGCUCGUCUGAAUAAUGGGUUACUUACUUGCAGCCGCUCGUGUUGUUUUUCCAGAAGAUGAACGAAUCAUGUUUGUAUCGCUGGAUCGUGCUUGUGCUAGAACUUUUGUCUGUUCGUAAAAGAAGCUGCUCCGUGAGUGAGAGGGGACAUCCACACUUUCAGUUAUGACUUAAUGUAAAUCACUGUUUGGAUUACGAGACAGUGCAAUAUUGAGUGUGAAGUAAGAGCUCGUACUGUCUUUACAAAGUGACUCUGCUUUAAUGCAUUGUUAUGAAUAACCGGUGACACUGGUCCAAUUAGUUCGAGGCAUAUCUUCCAUAUAAGUCGUGCUCUGUAAAUUUUUAUUGUUGAUACGACUGAAGCUUGAGUGGUACUUCUCAUGCCGUCCCCGUGGCCUUAGCCAAACACAAACUGUACUUCAGCACUGGACGUUUCACUUGGUCUUGUGAUUGGCCCGUGCCUUCAGACUGCGUACAUAACAGAGGUGGUUCCCCUGGUCAGAGGGAUCCCCCGCUCUCCGUAAAACCAUGGGCAUCCAUGGCAUGGAGCUGUGUGCCAUCGGUGUAGUCAUCAUUCUCUUCAUGGCUGUGCUCAAACAGUUUGGCAUCCUGGAGCCUAUGUCGUCAUUUGAAGACAGCAGUGACAGUGACUUGGAGCUGUCCACGGUGCGUCACCAGCCGGAGGGGUUGGACCAACUGCAAGCCCAAACCAAGUUCACCAGGAAGGAGCUCCAGUCAUUGUAUCGGGGCUUUAAAAAUGAGUGCCCAAGCGGACUGGUGGAUGAAGAGACGUUUAAGUCCAUUUAUGCUCAGUUCUUUCCUCAAGGAGAUGCUACAACCUACGCUCAUUUCCUCUUCAAUGCAUUUGACAUCAACCGUAAUGGAUCCAUUCGCUUUGAGGACUUUGUCAUUGGUUUGUCCGUGUUGCUCCGAGGAUCAGUCACAGAAAAACUCAACUGGGCAUUCAACCUCUAUGACAUCAAUAAAGACGGGUACAUCACCAAAGAGGAAAUGUUAGCAAUUAUGAAGUCCAUCUAUGACAUGAUGGGACGAUACACUUACCCCUGUGUGCGGGACGAUGCCCCUUCAGAACACGUGGACAAGUUCUUCCAGAAAAUGGAUCGAAAUCGCGAUGGUGUUGUGACAAUUGAAGAGUUCAUUGAAACUUGCCAGAAGGAUGAAAAUAUCAUGAGCUCCAUGCAGUUAUUUGAAAAUGUGAUAUAAGGGAAUCUACAACUCAACCACCUACCUACAAACUACACAUACACACACCAAAUGUACUGGCACAAGACUUAAGCUGCCCCACUAGAGCUGCUAUGGAUUCUAAAGACUGCUAGUAACAAAAGAAGAGCUUCCUGAACAAUAUGUCCUGUGUUUUUGUUUGAUAUAUCUUUUGCUCUCUGAUAACAACCAAAAUUUAUGAGGGGAAACACUAUCAUUAACUAUGUCCUUGGAUCACACAGACACAUGACUAUAUAAUCUUUCACACAUUUCUCUUUUUCACUAGCUGCACACAGACUCCUUUUCUCAGUUGUACUAACAUAUCAAUAUAAUCACUGGAUCUGAGCAUGGGGAUAAUGAAACUUUGGGUUAGAGGUAAAUAAAUUAAAAAGGAACUGGCACAAAAUAAGCAUGUUUGUCAACAAAAUGUGACGUGAAUUGCUUGCACUGAAACAUGUAUGUACAAUACGCCGUAGAGGCAUUGUAGAUAACUGUUCUGUAUAUAUGUAUAAUUAGUAACACUUGCCCCAUCUGUGCUGCACUGUCUGGGCCAUUUUCCCAACAAAAUGUAUUUAUUGAUUCCUUUAAGAGAACAUAAAUUAAGUUCUUUUGCUUAAAAAAUAUAAUCCAAACUUGCUAAUAAAAAAGACCUCUUAUUUUGAAGAAAAA